CGUCGCUCUACUGGACUGUCCUCUGUCGGAGCAGCGGCGGUGCGGAAAGCUUUACCGAGGAUGACUGUUCAGCGAUCGUAUCGAAUGGUACUUGCAAUUGUACUUACGGCGCGUCGGCUAUGAUUCACUGCAGCGAUGUUACGGAGUCGGCACAUAUACGGAUCGCGGUGCACACAAAUAAUGAAGUCGAGAUCUUCUGCAGUGGUCGUAUUGGAGUUGGUUGCAAUGUCACACAUCCCUGCUUUCCUACGGAGCUGCUUGCCCGUUUGCCACGUUUGGGUGGCCUACACAAAGCCAGCUUCCUAAGCGUACACCACUGUUUGCCAUUCACCGAAGUGCUGACACAAUUGGCAUUGCAGCAGAGUAAUGUUUUGCAGUUAAACGAUCUGGAAUUUAUACCAUUGCUAACAGCGCAUCACUUCGGUCAGAAUUUGAGUGGCUUGCAAACAGUUACGGCCUUGGAGUUGUUGGCGCAUCCGCAGCUGCGUAUCUUGAAUGUAGCGCAGCAAUUGAACGCCGAUUUGUUUAGUGCUUUCUACUCACUUGCCAGCUUAAAGAUCGACUUGCGUUUUACGCAGCUACCGCAGGACCUUUUUACGCCUGUUGCAGCGACUUUAAGCGAUUUGAUGUUGUAUGGGAGAUUGAGUGAUUUUCCACGUAAAUCAUUUGGGUCACUAAGUCGUAUGAGCGCACUCACCAUGAGUGGUCAUCAACUGGCGGAUCGUCUACGUGAGGGUGACUUUGAAGCACUCGGCUUGCUAGAACUACUCACAUUAAGCAGGUGCGGCAUAACUGUACUACCCGCGCGCAUCUUUGCACUGCUGCCAUCACUUAAAUGGGUGCUGUUGUUUGCGAAUCAAUUGCGUGUGCUACCCACUGGGCUUUUUGCCGCACAAAUCAGUUUGCAAAUGCUGGACUUGAGCCGCAACCAACUGGAAGCUUUGCCGUUGGGUUUAUUUCAUCCAUCUACUAAAUUAGUGAAUUUGAAUCUAUCGCGAAAUCGACUUUUGCUGCUGAGUGCAGAAAUCCUGCCUCCACUGCAUGGACUUGAGACACUUCGUUUGGAUGGUAAUCGAUUGGUUACUAUUGCGUCCGGCUGCUUUGCCGAGGCGCAACAUCUCAAGACUCUAUUACUGGAUCACAAUGGGCUGAAUUGGACAAGCACUGAAGCUUGCGAUGUACUCAAUGGUCUGCGCAGUUUGCGGUUGCUCAGUCUGAAAAAUAACUCACUUUCUCAAUUGUGCGAUCAGCUGAGUGCGCCAAAUCACACCACUAACAGCUUGCGUGUGCUUGAUGUGCGCCACAAUAGGCUGACACGUUUGAGCGCACAAUUACUUCACACAUUAAACAGUAGCAUGUCGGGGAGUAAUUUGUACCUGUCGCACAAUCCGUGGGUAUGUGACUGUGGUGCGCAAUUACUGCAUGCGUUCGUUAAAAGCAAUCGCAUGCGCUUUUCCGAUAUGCUUGAUGUGCGUUGCGAGAACUCACAAUUGGCGCCACUUAUCGAGUUGUCUUACCGUGACUUCUGCUUACCCCAUUUGGGCAAAAAUAAGUUAGCGGUCUUAGCCUUCAUCUGUUUGUCGGCGCUCAGUCUGCCCAUUAUUUACCUCACCGUGGUUUUCUACAACAAAUACAAACUAUAUUUGCAAAUUUGGCUCUAUGAGAACUCUGGUGUGCUUGAGUCCAAAUUUUUUAUUUGGUUGAAAUUAGCGUGUCCGUUUCUGAUUUUAAAUUUAGUAUCAACUCUUGAGUUUUGUGUGUGCUUCGAUGGAUAUAUUAAAAAAUCUAUGAUUUACUGCAGUGACGUCACGGAGCCGGCACAUAUACGGAUCGCGGUGCACACAAAUAAUGAAGUCGAGAUCUUCUGCAGCGGUCGUAUUGGAGUUGGUUGCAAUUUCACUCAUCCCUGCUUUCCUACUGAGCUGCUUGCGCGUUUGCCACGUUUGUUUAGCCUACACAAAGCCAGCUUCCUAAGCGUACACCACUGUUUGCCAUUCACCGAAAUGCUGACACAAUUGGCGCUGCAAGAGAUUGGUGUUUUGCAAUUGAAUGGUCUGGAAUUUAUAACAUUUCUGCAGAAGCGGCAUUUUGGCAACAAUUUCAGUCAUUUUCAAAAUGUGCGGCAACUGGAGCUAUUUGCGGAGAACAUGCAACACUCGCUAGAUGAAGAGAGUUUGACGCUAUUAGCGCAAAUGCCACAGAAUAUUUUACAUGGGAAGCAGCAGCUGGAGUACGAUCUUUUGUGCCCGUUUGCGCACCUCGAGGUACUGACAAUCGGAAUGGAUUUCGUACAACUGCCGGCUGAAAUAUUUGCACCAGUGGCGCAAACGCUGAGUGAGCUCCACUUGUUGGGCAGACUACGCGCCAUUCCUGCUAAUACAUUCGGUGUGUUUCGUAAUUUGACAGAGUUGGCCUUGUUGGGCCAUCAAUUUGAGUGGCGUUUACGCGCAAACGAUUUUACCGCACUCGACACAUUGCAGGUGCUGAAGCUGCAGACUUGCAGCAUCACAUUAUUGCCGGCGCAUAUAUUUUUCCCAUUGGUGGCAUUAACGUGGCUUAAUUUAGAGACAAAUAGGUUGCGUUUACUGCCCGAUACAUUGCUGGCACAACAGCGCCAGUUGCGUAGGUUAGAUCUAAAUGAUAAUCAACUGGAAGCGUUGCCAGCGGCGCUCUUCGAAUCUUCAACUAAGCUACAAAAACUGUUCUUAACAAACAAUCGGUUGCGUAGCCUAAGCGCAGAUAUUCUGCCACCACACAAUGCGCUUGUCGAGCUGUAUGUGGAUGUGAAUGAGUUACACACAAUAACACCCGGCACUUUUAGGCAGGCGCGUCAUUUGCGCCGCUUAAUUUUGAGUCAUAACAAAUUGGAUUGGACGCGCGCUGAAGCGUGUGCAAUGUUUGAUGGGCUACAUAGCUUAGAUGAGCUUGCGCUGCAAAACAAUUCACUGCGUUUUUUGUGCAAUCAGUUGGGCGCAUCAAAUCAGAGCACCAGCUUUUUGAGCUUCCUUGAUGUGCGCCAAAAUAAGUUAACGCACUUGAGUGCGCCCCUUCUGCGUGCAUUAAAUGAUAGCAAAACGCUGCUGGACGUAUACAUGACUAAUAAUCCAUGGGCAUGCGACUGUAGCGCUCAGCCGCUGCAUGCAUUUGUGAGAAGCAAUCGCGUGCGCUUUCCCGACGUGAAAUACAUCAGCUGUUAUGAAGCGCAGCGGACGCCGCUCAUCGAGCUGUCCUAUCGUGACCUCUGCCCGCUUGAUCUAGGUGUCAACGCGCAGCUAGUUAGGAUCUUUAUAUACUUCUCGACACUUAGUUUGGUGGUAAUCACCGGCGCGCUCUGCUACUACAAGUACAAACUGCAAUUAAAAAUUUGGCUGUACGCGCAUAGUCUAUGCCUGCGUUGUAUUAGUGAGGCUGAGCUGGACUGUGACCGCAAAUAUGACGCUUUCAUCUCAUAUACUCAUCAAGACAAACAUUUUGUUGAACACGAGCUAGUGCCUGGCUUGGAGCAGGGCACGCCCGCAUUUAAGGUGUGCAUACACGUGCGCGACUGGUUAGCGGGCGCUUUCAUUUCCGAGCAAAUCAUCGAUUCUGUAGAGCAAUCGCGACGCACGAUCAUUGUAUUGUCACAGCAUUUUAUACAAUCCGAAUGGGCGCUCAUGGAAUUUCGCAUGGCGCAUCAGUGCGCACUAAAUGAAGGGCGCUCGCGCAUCAUACUGGUGAUCUAUGGAGAUUCGGUGGAUAUGGAGCUGUUAGAUCAAGAGCUGCGCGCUUAUCUGAAAAUGAAUACGUACUUGAAGUGGGGCGAGCCGUGGUUUUGGGAAAAACUGCGUUAUGCCAUGCCACAUUCCCGACUUAGCUGGGAGCGCGAAGAGUGUGCAAAUAUACGCGCUAACGAAAUUCCGCUGCAAACGAUGAUGACGCAGGCCUUAGCUAACAUCAGCGGCGAUCAAAGUUUCAUCACCGACGUUUGCGCUGAGAUCGCAUCAAAUGGCACCUGUAGUUGCGCAUAUAAUACCAGCGGCGUUUUUGUCGACUGCGGCAGCGCACAUGGCCACAUACAAAUACAAAUCCUAGUUUUGGAACAUAUUUUUGUCGAUAUAUUUUGUAAGCCAGCUAUUAACACAAAGUCGCUUAUAACAACCGAACAGUUGGCGAAUUUACCAUUACUGGGUGGCAUGCACAAAAUCGAUAGCUUAAGUGUGCACCGCUGUUUGCCAUUCACCGAAAUGCUGGCACAAUUGGCGUUGCAGCAGUGCACAAUUUUGCAGCUGAAUGAUCUGGAAUUCGUACCAUUGCUAACAGCGCGUCACCUUGGUCAGAACUUGAGCUACUUGCAAACAGUUACGGUUUUGGAGUUGUUGGCGCAUCCGCAGUUCCGUGCCUUGCAUGCAGCGCAGCAAUUGGACGCCGAUUUGUUUCUUCCCUUCUACUCACUUGUCAGUUUGAGGAUCGACUUGCAUUUCACGCAGCUACCGCAGGGCCUUUUUACGCCUGUUGCAGCGACUUUAAGUGAUUUAAUGUUGGAUGGGAGAUUGAGUGAUUUUCCACGUAAAUCAUUUGGCCAACUAAGCCGUAUAAGCGAGCUCACUAUGAGUGGUCAUCAACUGGCGGAUCGUCUACGUGAGGGUGACUUUGAAUCACUCGGCUUGCUAGAACAACUCACAUUAAGCAGCUGCGGCAUAACUGUGCUACCCGCGCGCAUCUUCGCGCCGCUGCCAUCACUUAAACGGCUCCAACUCCGGGCGAAUCAAUUGCGUGUGCUACCCACUGGGCUUUUUGGAGCACAAAUCAAUUUGCAAACGCUGGAAUUGAGCCGCAACCAACUGGAAGCUUUGCCGUUGGGAUUAUUUCAUCCAUCUACUAAAUUAGUGAAUUUGAAUCUAUCGCGAAAUCGACUUUUGCAGCUGAGUGCAGAAAUCCUGCCUCCUCUGCAUGGACUUGAGACACUUCGUUUAGAUGGUAAUCGAUUGCGUACUAUUGCGUCCGGCUGCUUUGCCGAGGCGCAACAUCUCGAGGUUCUAUUACUGGAUCACAAUCGACUGAAUUGGACAAGCGCUGAAGCUUGCGAUGUACUCACUGGUCUGCGCAGUUUGCGGUUACUCAGUCUGAAAAGUAACUUACUUUCUCACUUGUGCGAUCAGCUGAGUGCGCUGAAUCACACCACUAACAGCUUGAGUGUGCUUGAUGUGCGCCACAAUAGGCUGACACGUCUGAGCGCACAAUUACUUCACACAUUAAACAGUAGCAUGUCGGGGAAUAAAUUGUACCUGUCGCACAAUCCGUGGGUAUGUGACUGUGGUGCGCUAUUACUGCAUGCGUUCGUUAAAAGCAAUCGCAUGCGCUUUCCCGAUAUGCUUGAUGUGCGUUGCGAGAACUCACAAUUGGCGCCACUUGUCGAGUUGUCUUACCAUGACUUCUGCUUACCCGAUUUGGGCGUUCGUACGUCAGUGGUGUUAGCCUUUAUUUGGUUGUCGGCAUUCAGCUUGUCAGUGAUCACCACCGCGCUUUUCUACUACAAAUACAAACUGCAAUUACAAAUUUGGCUCUAUGCACAUCGCUGGUGCCUAUGUUGUAUUAGUGAGGCUGAGCUGGACCGCGAUCGCAAGUAUGACGCUUUCAUCUCAUACACACAUCAGGAUGAGCAUUUUGUCGAGCACGAGCUAGUGCCUGGCUUGGAGCAGGGCACGCCCGCAUUUAAGGUGUGCAUACACGUGCGCGACUGGUUAGCGGGCGCUUUCAUUUCCGAGCAAAUCAUCGAUUCUGUAGAGCAAUCGCGACGCACGAUCAUUGUAUUGUCACAGCAUUUUAUACAAUCCGAAUGGGCGCUCAUGGAAUUUCGCAUGGCGCAUCAGUGCGCACUAAAUGAAGGGCGCUCGCGCAUCAUACUGGUGAUCUAUGGAGAUUCGGUGGAUAUGGAGCUGUUAGAUCAAGAGCUGCGCGCAUAUCUGAAAAUGAAUACGUACUUGAAGUGGGGCGAGCCGUGGUUUUGGGAAAAACUGCGCUACGCUAUGCCGCAUUCACAACGUGGCUGGCAGGGCGAGGGCCGGACGAAGAGACGCACCGAUGAAAUUUCUCUGCAGCCGACUGGGCUGAGAGCGUAA